UUCUAUAGAAGGUAAUUUCAGUGAAAAUGGAGGAAUAGGCACCAAAAUGAUGGAUACUUUUUGGCAGACUGCGAAAGCAACAGGCUAAAAAAUGGGGGAUCCGCUUCGGAAAUAUGGAAUAUUCCGUUGUUGUAUGAACUGAUGUAGGGCGAAAAUUCUAUGCCUUGGGAAGAUAAUGGCUUGGAUUUACAUUCACAUCUCUGUAAUAUAUGUGUUGUGUUCUGGACUUUCCUUAGGUUUAGAAAUUUACUUCAGUGAUCCAAAUGAUGGAUAUUUCUUGAAACCAAUAUAUCAUAAAAAACAGUCGUGGGAUCCUUUGACUCGGAAGGAGGAUUUUGUAGUCACGAGGCCCUCUGAGGGUUAUGUGUUAGGAGUAAGGAGUGGUCCUUAUGAAAAGGAGCAAGUGAUUCCUCAGGAUAUAUCCAGCAUCUACCCAAACCUUGACCAUGUGGACAAACCGAUACAUCAUGGCACUGUGUUUGGGAUGGAUGUUUCAGCAAAAGUGGUCACAAACAGCCUUUCUCCAAAAUAUCCCCGACUUCAAGUUCUGAUUUAUGCCAGUCCUCACAUAAACAGCAGGAAGUGGGACCGCCCCGCCAAAGAAACAGAUCCCUCUAAGCUGGCUGUUGAUGGGCUCUGUGGCCACGUGUUUGUCCAACAUGACAAGGAGGAACUGUCCUCCAUCUGUGUUCUCGGAACAGGGGACAGUGCUUGUGUCAAUGGUAUUAUGUUUCCCACAUCAUGGUGGCAUGAAAACUCUACAGUGCAAGUGUACUAUGCAUUUUCUCAGAAGGGAGAAAACCAGGAGUGUGCCAGUGCAUCAAACUCUAUCGUGCCAGGAAGGUUGUUUGAGAAACCUGUCAUAAGCAGUAGGCGGUUUCUAGCAGACAUUGUGUUGUCUAAAGAUGUGAAAGGUUUUUACAGGGAGAGAGAGGAGGAUAUAUUGAUUGAUGUUCCAACCAAUGCAUUUGAUCCAGGCACAGUUUUUGAAGUCCCAGUGAAAUUUGAUGCAGGGUCUGACAUGAGAAAUCUUGUAAUGAGUGCUCGAGUGAGACAGGGACUAAUGAUUAUUGGAGCAGAGGCAGAUCAGAAUAGUCCAUGGCAAGUUCAUGUGGACAUAGAUGAAAAUGAAAAGGCAGCCACUGUAACAGCUUAUCUCAAAGAUCCACUGAACUAUAGAGUUUCUAAUGUAGUUCAGGAUGUGUUUGCUUGGAGGUUACAAGUGGAGCCGUCAGUUAGGAAUAUAGAGGCGGGAAGGGUGGUUUGGAGCAUCAAAUAUGAGAAAGAUAGUAGAGGAGAGAGGUACCUUCCCUCAGAGAGCCAAGUGAUAUCAAAGAUUAACCUCAGGGACAAAGAGAAUGCAAGGCUGGUCACUGUUCUAAAGGUGGAUGAAAUUUUGAAUUUUGCAAUGUUAACGGGUAAAACACAGAGCUAUCCACUACAUGUGUAUCUAGUGAGAGACUCCGAUUCCCUAUUCAAUGCAGUGGGACAUGCUGCUUGUCACUCAAAGCAGACUGAUGUGUUAAAGGUGGCUCCGGACUGUUCGUACAUCUAUGUCAAUGGGUCCGAAAGUCGAGGCUCACACAAUGUAACCAUUAUAACCAAAUCAGGCCAGCACACUGCCUUUACCAAUGUUAAGGUCUGGAUUCCUAUGAACCCUCUAGAUAUUCAAGUUUCUGACAGUAAACUCAGCAGAAUUCGUUCCUGGAAAGUUGGCUCAGUCAGAAGCAAAAGGAGAUCAAGACAGAAGCGAGUUGUAGAUCUAGGGAUGCUUACUCACCCCAGUGUCAUCCUCAGUAAGAAAUACAAACAGUAUGGCAAGAGCUGUCAGCUACGUCUUCAGCAGGCCUUGGUUGAUGUGUACGCCAAGUUCUACAUAGCUACACCAGCAGGCUAUGAUUACUUUGUCAACAGACAAGCUGCCCUGAAAAUUACAGACCUGAUGGAGAAUCAGUUACGAGUAGCUGACCCAAGAAUUGUCAACUUGGAGAAUAAGGUCCUUCAGGGUCAGAGUCCAGGCUUAACUGAAAUCCAGGUAACAUCAGCCAAUGGAAGAGUACUAGCAGCUCGAGUUGUUCGGGUUGGUAAUGACAAAGUCGAGAUAGAAAGACUUAUUGUCAACCUGGUGACAGGAAUCACUCUAGAUGUGUAUCCCUCAAAAGAGAUCCCCGGGGCCUGGUCAGCUAGAGGCCACAUCUACAGCAAAUUCCAAACCCAGUGGCAGAGUGGAAUAUUGGACAUACAUAUUGAAUUCAGUGAUGGAACAAGAUUCCCAUUGGAUAAAGUAUCAGAUACUGACUACUAUCUAGAAGUGGUAAACAGAAACCAUUUCCUAAUAAAAGUUAUUGGAAAUUUUGUCAGUAACCUGUCUAAAAUUAAAAUAUAUGCUGUUUCGGAGGGCAGAGCAGAAUCCAUCAAAGUAUCUUUAAAACAAGGGGAAAGCUGUCCCAAGAAAAAGAUACCAACCCUUUCGUCUGGAUAUGUAAUAACAGAGGCUGAUUUCUCCGAAGCUAACCAGGUUCAGAGUGACCGUUUGAUCAGUGAUGGUCACUUUGGGGACAACAGGGCCAGUGACAGGUAUGACAAUUUCUACGCACCACGCAAACCUAAAGAUCUAGAUAAACUUGUCAAACAUCAAGGCAGUCACAAAGAUCAUGAUGAAAAGAGCAAGAAAGUAUCUAAUACAAAUCCCAAUUCACAAACUGUUGUGGUUUUAAAUGAACUGGAAAAAGACCUUGCCAAAAAUAAUCCACAGAUUCAGGACUUGUCUAACGUGAACUCUCCAACAAGAAAGGAACCUUUACAGAGUCCCGACAAAUCUAAGUUAUCUCCCUUAGAGAUUGGGAUGUAUGUACUUAUUGCUGUAUUCUGCGUUGGUAUUUCUGUGUUUCUCAUCAACUGCAUAGUGUUUAUGGUGAGACACAAAAAGAAGAGGAAAAUCCACAAGAGAAAUCACAAGGAACCUGUCUACCAGGCUAAGGACUGGGUAUGGAUCGGUAGAGCCACCUUAGAACGCAGCUCUGUAAAGACCGAGUGUUCGCAGUCUCUGAUGCCUGCAGAGGAUUUCAAUGGAAACCAUACCAACCAUUUACGUUCUACUUCCAGUCAGAGCAGAUCUUCUUCAAGCCGCGGAAACAGUGCCAACAGCAGUAAUCGUAACAGCUUUGUAUCUACAAUCAAAGGAUCUGAGUGCAGCAUUCGUAUCACUGCUAACCCUUUGUCAGAAGAUGCCAACAGUAAUGGUCAUCGUAACAGUGACACGGCCAGCCAGUCUUCUAACUCUGUCCCUGACAGUAAGUGGGAUUAUGAGGCUAUGGGAUUGACUUUUGAUCAGUUGGCUGAUUAUUUUGACAAUCUUAAGGAGUCCUCAGCUUAGUGAUUUAUGUGUUAGAUAAUGUACAUACCUGUAAUAACUGUUUAUUUAUGACGUGUACGUUUACAUAUGUGAUAUUCAUUUUAUUUAAAAGAACCCCAACUUACAUUGGCAUUGAUAUGAUUUUAUAUCACUUCUUAUAUCAGUUUAUUGUUUCUAUUGAUUUAUUCUUGUUUAUCAUGUUUAUAUAUACAUUUAUAUUGAAUUGUUUAUAUGUCAAUAUUUUUUCCCACCUGCUAUAUAUCUUUUAGUUUGUCUUAUUGUUUUAGAGGUUGUUACCGAUUUUCAAAGUUAAUGUAAAACAGAGGCAUUUUUUUAAUGUUAUAUUUUCAAUAUUUGAUAUUUUUCUUGCAAUAUGCUUGCCAUUGUAGUCACUUAAUUUGUCCCAAGAAUAGUCUUGGUCCCUAAAGUUUGAUAAAGGUGUCCAGUUUGUGGACAAAUGUUUCUAAUAUUUAAAGCAUAAAAGGUGUCACUGUAGAAGAUACAGUCAAACUCAUUUUGUACAAAAACAGAUAUGGCAGGGAAGUUUUUUUUGGAUUCUCUGCAAAAUUGACUCUUAA